UAAAGCCUCAUCCGCACAACACAGUCCGUCCUUCACCCUCUGACACUCACCCCACGCUCCCGUUAGUGAAAGCGGGACCUGUCUUGUGCUGCAAAUCCUCUUUCUUCAUCCCUUCAUCUGAGCCUCAGUAAUCAGAUUUGCUGCCGCACACCUGAACGCGCCCUAUCAUGUCAGACAACGAAGAAGUGGUGGAGGAGUAUGAGGAGGAGGUGGAAGAAGAGGAGGCCACUGAAGAGGAGCAAGGGGUAGAUGAGGAGGAGGAGCAGGAGGAGGAGGAGGAGGAAGAGGCUCCACAGGAGGAAGACAAGCCUGCUGCAGAAGAGGAGGCCAACGAAGAACAAGAUGGAGAAGGGGAAGCAGAGGAGGGAGAAGAGGAGGAGGAGGCCAAGCCAAAAUUCAAGCCAUUUAUCAUGCCGAACCUUAUUCCCCCUAAGAUCCCAGACGGCGAGAGGGUGGAUUUUGAUGAUAUACAUCGCAAGAGAAUGGAGAAGGAUCUGAUGGAGCUUCAAACUUUAAUCGAGGUUCACUUCGAAAGCAGAAAGAAGGAAGAAGAAGAGCUCAUUCAGCUCAAAGAAAGGAUUGAGAAGCGUCGCUCUGAGCGAGCAGAGCAGCAAAGAAUUCGCAGCGAGCGAGAUAAAGAGCGACAGAAGCGUCUUGAGGAUGAGAGGAUUCGCAAGGAGGAGGAGGAGGCCAAAAAGAGGGCAGAGGAUGAUGCAAAGAAAAAGAAAACCCUCACCAGCCUCCACUUUGGAGGUUACAUGCAAAAGUUGACAGACAAACGGAGUGGCAAGAGGCAGACAGAGAGAGAAAAGAAGAAGAAGAUCCUGAAUGAAAGGCGCAAAUCUCUGGACAUCGAGAACCUGAGUCAGGAAAGACUCAAAGAGAAAGCUAAGGAGCUGUGGGAGUGGAUCCAGCAGUUGGAGGCAGAGAAGUUUGAUCUGCAGUACCAAUUCACCAGACAGAAAUAUGAGAUUAAUGUGCUGAGGAACCGUGUGAGCGACCAUCAGAAAACGUCAAAGAGGACCAAGAGAGGAUUGAGGAAAUAGAUGCUGAUGUGCUGAGUGACAAGUAUUAUCAUCAGCCCUGUCAUGCAGCCACUGCCUCAAACCAAGCCCUGGCUUUACUGUCACACCCAAGUCACACUUAUCUUCUUAAUGUUGCCUUAAGCACAACUUGGGUCCAGUUUUCCAGCCUUAUCUCUCUCUCUACUUUUUCAGGAUAAUGGGGAUUUAAAAGUGUAAAUAAACAGUCUCACUUUAA